AUGCAUCCGCCGAACUACACCCGCUGGCGUGAACUCUUCCUCGCGCUUGUCGGCAAGUUCGGUGCCUCGCGCCACAUCGAUGACACAAUAGCACCUAACCCUCCUGACGUGGCCUGGCAGACAGUCGACUAUGCCGUGCUCUCCCUCCUCUAUGCCACUGUCUCUGAGGAGAUCAUGGCCAUCGUCCUCAAGCCCGAUGCGGCCACCUACGCCAUCUGGCACGAGAUCGAGGGCCUCUUUCGGGACAACAAGGUGUCGCACGCUUUGUCCCUUGAAGUCGAAUUCCACAGCUUGGCACAAGGUGACCUCUCCAUCCUCACCUAUUCCCAAAAGUUUAUGACCUACGCUGAUGCUCUCGCCAACAUCGACCAGCCAGUCCCUCCGGACACUCUCGUCCUCACCCUCCUGCGUGGCCUCAAUGACCCCUUCCGCAACAUCGCCACCAUCAUCAAGACCAAGACACCUUUCUCCUCCUUCCUGGAGUCACACUCCAUGCUGCUGCUUGAGGAGGCUGAUCUCAAGAUCGCUCGCUCGAACACCUCCACAGCCCUUGUCACCACCAACUCCGGCUCUAGUGCACAGGUGUCCUCCAAGUCGUCCUUCACGAGCAGUUCUUCUGGCGGCUCCACCAACACCCAUCGCCAAAAGGGUAAGGGCAAAGGAAUCACCGUGGCGGCAACGGCGGUGGACGACACUCCUUUGGUGGCACUAGCACCCAGGGCAGCGAUGGUCGUCUGGCGUCCCGGCUGCUACAACCAUCCAGUGGCCUAA